UGUUUUCAUGGAGACCUAAGCAAAGCAAGUGUGUAGAAAGCAUUGAACUUUGAAGGGAAUAAAAAUGAAAAACCUUUGUUUUGCCUCCUAGUUCCAGGCUGGUCUUCGGAUUGGCCGGACCCAGAUCAAGAAAAACUUUAAUCUCUUCUCAUCUUUCCAAACGCCGGACAACCAAUCCAACCCAAAUCAAAUCUGGGGACUCCCCAAAAUGGGAGAUUUCAACCUUGCUCUGUUGAUCGUUGCCAUAGUCGUCUGCGUUCUCGUUUUCAUUUUCAAUGUCUAUCUCCUUGUCAAUUAUCAGCAUCCUGACGACGCCAAUCAAGCUUACUUUCCAAAAUUCGUGGUGGUUUUCGGACUCACGAUCGCUGCGAUCUCGAUCCUGAUGCUUCCGGCCGAUGUUGCUAACAGGCAGGCGUGUCGACACGCGAUUUACAAUGGGGCUUGUAAUCUUACGUUGCCUAUGAAGAGUCUAUGGCUUGCUGUUUACAUUAUUGACGCUAUACUUGUCUUCUUUGUCAUUCCUUUUGCCAUGUUCUUCUACGAAGGAGACCAGGACAAGAGUGUGGGGAAACGGGUUAAGAGUGCAUUGAUAUGGGUGAUAGCGACAGCUGUUGUUUGUGGCCUUGCAUUGGGAAUUUUAUACGGUCUUAUUGGGAAGGUGGAUUUCACAGUCAGACAUCUUUCUUCUACCACUGUUUCUUUUCCUAGUACAUGGGACUUCAGUAGUAGUCAAGAAUGUAUUGGAAAUGGGACUCCUCAGUGUUCUGCUUAUUCUGCGAAUUCUACAUCAGAGAAGACAUGGACACAGCGUGCAACUUUUCCAGAAUAUGUUGUUGCUCUCACUACCAUUGUUGGUUCAGUUCUGUUCACUAUAUUUGGUGGUGUUGGUAUUGCUUGUCUGCCAUUGGGACUUAUCUUUUCAUUCAUUCGCCGUCCCAAAGCUAUCAUCACUCGUUCACAGUACAUCAAGGAAGCUACUGAACUUGGGAAGAAAGCAAAAGAUUUGAAAAAGGCAGCUGAUUCUCUUCAUCAGGAAGAAAAGAGUAGCUCAAAGGGAAGGAAGUGGCGUAAGAAUGUAAAGGCGGUGGAGAAGGAGGUACUGCUGCUUGAAGAAGAUGUAAAGGCCUUGGAAGAGAUGUACCCGCAAGGUGAACAGGCUGAGACUGCCUGGGCUUUUACAGUUCUUGGUUACCUUGCGAAAGUGAUUCUUGGUUCUCUAGGGUUGAUCGUUUCGGUUGCUUGGAUUGCACAUAUAGUGAUAUAUCUACUCAUUGAUCCUCCUCUUUCUCCAUUCCUCAAUGAGAUUUUCAUCAAGUUGGAUGAUGUUUGGGGUCUUCUAGGCACUGCAGCAUUUGCUUUCUUCUGCUUUUACCUUCUUCUGGCUGUGGUUGCUGGUGCAAUGAUGCUUGGCUUGAGAUUAGUCUUCAUUACGAUCCAUCCGAUGAAGUGGGGAGCUACUCUAAUGAAUUCUUUCCUGUUCAAUGUGGGUCUCAUUCUUCUAUGUUCAAUCAGUGUGAUUCAGUUCUGCGCGACAGCAUUUGCUUACUACGCUCAAGCCACGGCUGCACAAGAGAUAUUCGGGCACACUUUGCAGUCCCUUCGCGGGAUUAAAUAUUUGUACAAGUACAAUGUGUUCCAAAUUGCAUUCAUUUCGCUGGCUGGACUGACGUUUGUGUAUUACGCUGCAUUUGGAUGGAGAAGAAAAAAGCCUAGUGGCAGGUUCCAACUUUCAACUUAAGACUAGUCGAUUUCUGAUCCGAUCCGUGGAGAUUCUUUAUAUCGAGUUGAAUACAAAAUUGAUUUGUUUAGAAGAAAGAGUUUUAAGUUCCACUGUUGUUACAGCUCCUUUUGCUGAUUCUCUUUCAAAUUUGUCUUCCUAUUAUUACUACUAUCAUAUCAAGUCAUUGUGUUAAUUGUUUGUUGGUGUGUUGAUAUUAUUGUCUUGUAAUUAAUCAUAUUUGUAUAAUAGAGAGAUAUGAUAAUCACUAAUCCUUCAAUUUUCAUAUA